CCGGUUUUGUCUUGACAGUUUGCGGCCAUUGACGGUUCCCUCACUCACACACAGCGGUGUAGGGAGCAACGGGGACGAGGCACCGGUGGAGCAGAUUCACCUUCAAAACAGGAAGCGUGAACGCGCUCCCGUCGUGUCCACCUGCGUCUACUCACUUCUGCGGGAAUCUUGACUCCAAUCUGCCGCUGUUCCCCGCUCCCUACCAUCGCUUUUCACGCUGGAAACCAUUUUAUCCAAACACCGACGUAACUGUCACUGUACGAGCAACUUUACCGCGGUGGUUCUCUCAGCGCUUUUCAGACGUCGUUACGCCUCAAACGGAUCAAAGAUGAAGCAUGGACUGAACUUUGCAGACACUCCCAGCGUGGAGCAGAUGAACAGGACAUAAAAGUAUCCUGGAAACUGCAGGUAAAAACAGUGUCCUUAUGGUUGAAGUGCGUGCUGCUGCUGCUCUGUGCCAUGCCUCCUGCCAUGACAGACCUGGUGGACAUAUGGGCACACUCGCCCCUGUCCGGGCAUGCUCCGUCCCACAUCACUGUGGACUUCCUGCUGCCCACUGGAAUUUACAUCCAGAUGGAGGUGCCACGAGAGGCCACCAUACAACACAUCAAACUGCUCUUAUGGAAGCAGGCACAGUCCUUCCCCCUCUUCUCGGCCCUGGGGGAGAUGGAGAGCCACAUGUUUGAGUGUGUGAACCAGGAAGCCGUGCACGAGGAGCUGGAGGAUGAGACGAGAAGACUCUGCGACGUCCGACCCUUUUUACCGGUCCUCAAACUCAUCACGCGCAACUGUGGCAGAGCUGAGAGACUGCUGGACUCCAAGAUUGGGGUGCUCAUUGGGAAAGGUCUCCAUGAGCUGGACGCCAUAAACGACCAGGAGGUGAAGGACUUCCGCAGUAAGAUGUUCAGACUGAGUGAGGAGAGGAUGCAGAAGGUGCAGAUGAUGAGCUGCACUGAGUGGCUGCAGGCGUCCUUCUCCCAGCAGCCAGAGAUCGGACCAGGACCGGAACAAGUCAAUGGAGUCUCAGACCGCACCGGAGACCUCAAAGUGACCAUGCACUUCGAACAGUCACCGGACUCUGCCAGUCUGAAGGUGCCGCUGACCUACACUCCCUCCGAGCUGAUGGAGAUGGCCAUGAGGAAGUGGCUGACCACGCACGGCCCUGAAGAUGAGGCCAGCAGGGGGCAGUACUUCCUCAGGAUCAGUCACUCUCUGGAGUUCCUUUGUGGAGACCACCCUUUAAUCCAGUACAAGUACAUCCGGACAUGUGUCCAAGCCAAAGAGUCUCCUCACCUGACCCUGGUCCACAGCAGCACCAUCAAAGAACUGUUCGACAAAGAGAUCUGCGCCAUCAGAGCCGUGGUCAGCCGCAAGACCUGCACCUUACCCCUCCCUCUACCUCCCAAGAGACGCCCUCUCACGCAAAUCCAAACAUGCGUGUGGGAUGUACCAAGCUCGUUUAAGAUUGUUCUAGUAAAUGCAAGCAAGGUGAACGCAGAGGAAACGGCCAAGGUGCAGGUGAGGGCGGGGCUGUUCCAUGGGGCGGAGCUUCUGUGUAAACCUGCCGUGAGCAGUGAGAGCAGCGGCCGCUCGGAACACACCUGGAAGGAUAGCACUUUAGAGUUUGACAUCUCCGUGUGCGACCUGCCCAGGAUGACCCGCCUCGCCAUCGCCAUCUACGCCGUUAUGGACAAGGUCAAGAAGCAGAAGUCCACCAAGAACCCCCACAUCAACAAGUACCAGACCAUACGCAAGUCCGGCAAAGUGCUUUACCCUAUAGCCUGGGUCAAUACAAUGGUGUUUGACUAUAAAGGCCAUUUGAAGACUGGAGACAUCAUCCUUCACUGCUGGUCUUCAUUUCCUGAUGAACUUGAAGAGAUGCUGAACCCAAUAGGAACAGUUCAGACAAACCCGUACACUGAGAACGCCACAGCGCUGCACAUCAGCUUCCCUGAAUACUUACCACACUCCAUCGUCUUUCCUCCGUUUGACAAGAUUCUGGAAAAAGCAGCAGAAAUCGCACGUGCAAAUGACUGUGCCCCGAUGGGCCGAGGAGGUAAGAAGUUCCACAUUGAGUUAAAGGAGAUCAUGGAGCGGGACCCUCUGUCUCAGCUCUGUGAAAACGAGAAGGAUCUGAUCUGGACACUUCGUCACGACUGCAGAGAAAACUUCCCUCAGUCACUGCCCAAACUGCUGCUGUCUGUGAAGUGGAGUAAACAUGAGGACAUGGCACAGCUCCAGGCCCUGCUCCAGAUUUGGCCCAAACUGAGUCCUAGAGAUGCUCUGGAGCUCCUGGACUUUAACUACCCCGACCAGUAUGUCCGCGAGUACGCUGUGGGCUGUCUACGGGACAUGAGUGAUGAGGAGCUGUCCCAGUACCUGCUGCAGCUGGUGCAGGUGUUGAGAUAUGAGCCUUACUACGACUGUGCCCUCACCCACUUUCUAUUGGAGCGCGCCCAAAGAAACCGGAAGAUUGGACACUUCUUAUUCUGGCACUUAAGGUCAGAGAUCCACAUGCCUGCUGUUUCAGUCCAGUUUUCGCUCAUUUUAGAGGCCUACUGUAGAGGCAGCAUCCCUCAUAUUGAGGUUCUUAAAAAGCAGGUGGAAGCAUUGAGUAAGCUGAAAUCAGUGAAUGAACUGAUCAAACUUGGGACCAUCAAAAGCGCUCGGAGCAAAGCCAAGGAGGCCAUGCUGACCAAAGAGGCCAUGAUGACAUGUCUGAGGCAGAGCGGAUACUCAGACACCCUGUCAGACAUACACUCCCCCCUCAACCCCAAUGUACUACUGGCUGCGGUCAAUGUGGAAAAGUGUCGGUACAUGGACUCCAAGAUGAAGCCUCUGUGGAUCGUUUACAACAACAAGCUGCUGGACGGGGACACGCUGGGAAUCAUCUUUAAAAAUGGAGAUGACUUGCGACAGGACAUGUUAACACUGCAGAUAUUACGACUAAUGGAUCUUCUUUGGAAAGAGGCCAGUCUAGAUCUCAGAAUAGUCCCAUACGGUUGCCUGGCGACAGGGGACCGGGCAGGGCUGAUCGAGGUGGUGUCUUCGGCCGACACCAUCGCAAACAUCCAGCUCACCAGCAGCAAUGUGGCUGCAGCUGCCGCCUUCAACAAAGACGCUCUGCUCAACUGGCUCAAGGAGAGGAACUCUGGCGACGCUCUGGACCGAGCCAUAGAGGAGUUCACUCUGUCUUGUGCUGGGUACUGUGUGGCCACUUAUGUCCUGGGCAUCGGAGACAGACACAGUGACAACAUCAUGGUCCGCAGCACUGGACAGCUCUUUCACAUAGACUUUGGGCAUAUUCUGGGAAACUUCAAGUCCAAGUUUGGCAUCAAGAGAGAGAGGGUCCCAUUCAUCCUGACGCACGACUUCAUCCACGUCAUUCAACAGGGCAAGACUGGAUACACGGAGAAAUUUGGAAGCUUUCGACAGUACUGUGAAGAGGCCUAUCUCAUCUUGAGGAGGAAUGGAAACCUCUUCAUCACGUUGUUCGCGCUGAUGUUAACAGCUGGUCUGCCUGAACUCACCUCUGUCAAAGACAUCCAGUAUCUUAAGGACUCUCUGGCUCUGGGCAAAACGGACGAGGAAGCUCUGAAACAGUUUCGACAGAAGUUUGAUGAGGCUCUGAGAGAAAGCUGGACCACCAAAGUCAACUGGAUGGCUCAUAACGUGGCCAAAGACAACCGCUCAUAGAAAGAACUAAAGUACAACACCCCAGGAGCGAAUGAGAGACAAUGACAAUGUUGAAACCAGUGAAAGGGAAUGCACAGGAGCAGAUUCGUCACUGUAUGUUUUAAUAAUAGAGUACAAACACUGGACUUCUGCCUUGUACUCUGCUCUGUUGUGAGAUAUGAACUAAAAAUCCAAUCUUAUGACAUUUCUGUGGGUUGAACGUUGCAGGUUUUGCACAGGCACAACCAGUGAUGGAGCACAAAGCCAAAGUAAGGAGCCUCUAUACGCCCACACUAAAAGAGAUGGACUGUUCAAUUCAACACGCCUGUAUAACAUGUUACAGGUUCCUAAAGACUGUUAAACAGACUUAAGCCCAUUCAGUGGUCAAACCAUUGUUACCAACUCUGGACUGUGCUAAGUACAGAAGAGGAGGGCAGACCCUUUUUAAUGUUUUAUUCUUGCUGCCUCAAAUUUGCCACAGAACUACAGGAAGAUUGUAUUUUUAAUGGUUUUUUUUUUCUUUUUAAUUUUAGACUUUAUCUCAAACCUGUAUGUGCCAGGCUACUUUAAAAGUCUAUUAAGGUAUUUUUAAGGGGAAUGUGAUAGCAGAAUUGGUUGUAUACAGUGACACAAGCCUUUUUUAAUUUAAGUACAAUUAUUUUAUUUAGAUAUCAAAACACUGGAAUUAAAGUUUUGACACUUCAUAUAGUUGUAAUCUUUAACUAUAUUAUGACAUUUAUUUUGCCUUUGCCCAAAUACUGAAACCCUAGAUAGACACAACACAAUUCAACUCACCCAAAUCAGGAAAUAACUUAUUCAUGUAAUAUCUUUCCUGGGACCAAAACAACAUAGAAAAACAUUUAAUUAUUUUUAUUUUAAUGUUUUAAAUCAUGAGUCAAAGCUGAAUGUUCCGCUAAGUGUAUGUUUUAUACAAACAUUUUGGUGGAGUUGAAAUGGGCGAGGUUUAUCAAUGUAGAAACGGCUCUGCUUUAAAUGGUGGGAGCUCUUCUCUGUUUCGACGAAAGGUGCUCGUAUGGCAUCUUUAAAUAUUGUGCAAUAUCUGUAAACAUGCAUACACCGUAUCCUGUAAGAAACCUGGACCCCACUCUUAAAGGUGCACCACGGCGCUUUUCUGGUGGAGGAUCUGGUAUUUUCGUUUGAGAUGUCAUUGCUUUGCCUUGUGCAUUCGCUGUAUGAGAUGAAACCUAUGAUGCCAAGAGGCCAAGUUACAAGUCAUAUCAGUGGAGAAACAACCUCAGUGUCAGAAAGAAUGCAAUGUAUUUUCAGUUAAAACACCUAUAACUCAAGAAAUGCAAGAUGGUCAAGUUUCUCAGGCCAGAACCAAAAAUGAUCGCCACAUCAGAUUAGUUUAUUUCAAUGACGCAUGAGAAUUAAGAGCUUUUUGGUCACAUAUGAUUUACAAAAAAGAUGAACAGAAUUUAUUGCUACGCUUAUGACAGAAAUCUGUGAUCUUUCCUUUCUUUUAUCCUCAUAAGUCAUACUGCUUGAAUACUGACAAACCAUGCAUGUCCCUGAUUGGCUAAUCCACCUGUCAAUCACCCAUAUGAACUCAGUAACCAAACUUACAUCUUCGUAAAGUAUUCAAGAACUGUGUAUUUUUCAGCAAAGCAAUAACAUCAAUAUGCAAACACGCAGGCAGCAGACCCUCCACCAAAAAAGUGACAUAGUGCAGCUUUAAAAUGCCUGUAAUGUUUAUUUGUGGCUUCAUGUGAGAGACAUGACACCACUAGCCUUUAAGUCUCAGACACUGGAUAUUGUAAUUGUACAGGCUUUUAAUGUUAUGCUGUUUUGUUUCAUAGGAGUUUUAUUAAAGUUAUUUUCAACUGCACAA